GUCUCUGGAAUUAGCGAGUACAGUACUUCACAGACACGAAAAACUCCCAUUUCUGGCUGUCGUUCGCUGCUGCGCCGCCGCACUCCAUCUCCAAUGGCACACCUCAUUCGGGACGGGUCAUCGUGUCGUCUCGCCUUCUCCGGAGCUGCGCGAUCCUUGUCCACGGCGUGGUGGCGCCACGUGGAGCCUGCUCCCAAGGAUCCCAUCCUCGGCGUUACCGAAGCUUUCCUCGCCGAUCCUAGUCCUGCAAAAGUCAGUGUCGGCGUUGCUGCUUAUCGUGAUGAUAACGGAAAGCCGGUGGUUCUGGAGUGCGUCAGAGAAGCCGAGAGGAGAAUCGCCGGCAAUUCGAACAUGGGAACGGUCUCAACCAUUGAUAAAUGCAUGCAAUUUCUUCAAACUUGUAUAGAAUCAAAAUCGCUCAAGAAAGGAAAAAUUGUUCAUCAAUUUCUUCUCAAAUUUUGUGCCGAAGAUUUAAGCUCAAACUCCUUUCUCUUGGACAUGCUCACUCUUCUCUACGUUUCAUGCAAAAGGCCUCAACUUGCACGCCGAGUGUUCGACAAAAGCGCAUCCAGAAGGAAAAACAAGACUAUAUUAUGGGACCAAAUGAUUAGGGCUUACGCAUGGGACGGACCAUUUGAGAAAGCCGUUCAAUUGUACGAUGAAAUGAUAGAUUCUGGGAUCAAACCCACCAAAUACACGUACACUUUCGUGCUCAAGGCUUGCUCUGCUUUGCACGAUAUAGAAACCGGCGUGAAGAUUCGUGGGCAUGUGAAAAGACACAAUCUCGACAAAGAUGUUUACGUGUGUACAGCGUUGGUGAACUUCUAUGUUAAGUGUGGGUGUUUAGUGGAAGCAAGGGAACUGUUCGAUGAAAUGCCUGAAAGAGAUGUUGUGGCGUGGAAUGCGAUGAUUUCUGGGUUCUCGUCGAAUGGGAUGUAUUUGGAUGCAACUGGAUCGGUUUUGGAGAUGCAACGGAGGGGGCUGGAACCGAAUUCUUCAACAGUCGCAGCAAUUUUGCCUGUGAUCGGGGAGACAAGUAGGCUAAAGGAGGGAAAGAGUUUACAUGGUUUUGGCUUGAGGAGAGGUUUUGAUCGUGAUAUCGUAGUUGGAACUGGGAUUUUGGAUAUGUAUGGGAAAUGUGGUUUGCUUGUUUAUGCAAUGAGGAUAUUUCGUGCGUUGGUAUUCAAGAAUGAGGUUACUUGGUGUGCUAUAGUUGGGGCUUGCGUUACUUGUGGUUCUAUGCUAGAGGGCUUUGAAUUGCUCAGAAAAAUGAGGGUGGAAGUUGGUGGGAGUCCUUCUCCGGUCAUGCUCGCGACAAUUGUUCGUGGUUGUGCUAAGCUGAAUGAUUUGAGCAUGGGGAGACAGAUGCACUGUUACAUGAUCAAGCUAGGAUUGUUAUUUGAUAUUAUGGUGGGUAAUACACUCGUUUCGAUGUAUGCAAAAUGUGGAUCGAUAAAUGAUGCAAUGGGAUUCUUUGAGGGUAUGCAGGUUAAGGAUUCUGUUUCAUUCAGUGCUGUAAUAUCGGGUUGUGUUCAAAAUGGCUAUGCGGAGGAUGCCCUGCAGCUUUUUCAAAAAAUGCAGGUUGUAGGCGUUGAACCAGAAUUGGCAACCAUGAUGGGAUUCUUGCCAGCCUGCUCUUAUCUAGCAGCCCUUCAACAUGGAGUAUGUGGUCACAGCUACUCAAUUGUUCGUGGAUUCACAUCAGAUGUCUCAAUUUGCAAUGCUGUGAUCAACAUGUACAGUAAGUGUGGCAAGAUGGAAGCUGCAAGGAGCGUAUUUGACAGGAUGCACGAGAAGGAUGUGGUGUCGUGGAAUGCCAUGAUUGUUGGUUAUGGAAUUCAUGGGCUUGGCAAGGAAGCAAUUCUGCUGUUCGAGGAUAUGAAGAAUGGGGGUUAUAAACCGGAUGAAAUAACCUUCAUUGUGUUGCUGUCGGCUUGCAGCCAUUCGGGGCUCGUUGCUGAAGGGAAACAUCUCUUUCGAACCAUGACUCAAGAAUUCAACAUUGUGCCCAAGAUGGAUCACUACUUUUGCAUGGUGGAUCUAUUGGGCCGUGCUGGCUUCUUGGACGAGGCACAUAAACUCAUCAACACGAUGCCAUUUGAGCCCGAUGCUCAUGUAUGGAAUUCCUUACUAGCGGCUUGUAGGAUCCACCGAAAUAUUCAACUUGCAGAGGAAGUUUCUGAGAAUAUUCAAACCUUGGGACCUGGAAGCACUGCAAAUUUUGUUCUGUUAUGUAAUUUGUACACCACUGCUCAAAGAUGGGAUGAUGCUGCAAAUAUACGAAUCCAACAGAAGGAAAUGGGCUUCAAGAAAAGACCUGGAUGCAGCUGGAUUGAGGUGAAUGGGGUUGUUCAUGGCUUUGUUGGCGGAGAUUGGUCUCACCAAGAAUCACGUAAAAUAUAUAAGAAAUUGGAGGAGCUCAUGUCUGAGAUGAAACGAUUAGGCUACGCUGCAGAGUCUGAGUUUGUUUACCAUGACGUCGAAGAGGAGGAGAAGGAAAAGAUGCUCCUCUAUCACAGUGAGAAACUUGCUGUUGCAUAUGGGAUCAUUAGCCUUAAACCCGACAAAACUAUCAUGGUUACCAAGAAUUUGAGGGUGUGUGGUGACUGCCAUACUGCCUUAAAAUACAUUACAACUAUUACUAAGAGAGAAAUAACAGUAAGAGACACAGCUCGUUUUCACCAUUUCAAGAAUGGAGCUUGCAGUUGCAGAGAGUUUUGGUGAAAGCAAAGAGGAUUUUAGUGGGAUUACUUGGGCCUGUGGGUGAACACUCGCCUCGCAGCCUGCUAUGCAGCAUCGAGCAUGGUAAAUCUUUGAUGAUCGCCAAGAAAAUGAUGAAAGGUUUCGUUUAAUGAUAUUUGUUGUGUCCCUAGAUGCAACUGUGUAUAUAUAAGUGAGAACUCACAGGCAUAUAUAGGGUGCAAGACUACCAAAAUUGAUGAGGUAUUAUGCUUAUAUCCUGGGAAUGUAAGGUCGCCCUCAUCUAAAAAGGAUUGAAGGUUGCCGAGCAUGCUAGGAUGUCCUUUACCACCAGUCCAAGCACGUAAAUAGCCAUCUUCGACGAGACCGUCAUAGGAUUAAUACACGUGGGACAACAGCAUGCUACUUUCUGGGAUCAGAGGUGACAUAUUUUGGUUCAACUCCGGAAUAUGGAGAAGAGAAGUAGGAUAUUAUAACCACACUUUCCUCUGGACACGACUAUACCCGAGCCCUCCGGAUGUCUUCAUACGGAUUUCUGCUCUAUGGUCCUGGUUCACAUGCAUGGUACCAGCUCCUUGAUCAUUUUAUGCCACCGAAAAAUGUUCAGAACCUGACGGCAAAGGUACCUUUAUCUCGGGUCUUCUCAUCUCUGAAGAGCACACAUCCUGGUACAUGAUCUACAGAAUGUCUCUUCUGGCUCCCUUUUCACAUGGUGUUGAAUCAAAUCGUGCUAAGUCCGACUGUAAUUGGUGUUAUUUUUGCGUGGAAUAAUUUAGGGCUAAUAAAUACAAGAACGAUGCCCUCCCUACCCUACUUACAGGUUUUAAGUUCUGGAUUCCGGUCAGUAUACUGAUUUUUGGGUAUGUUUUGUUUUCCCCUUCACAGAGAGAGUUUGCAGUACCUAUUUCAGAACAAAAGAGUUAUAGCAGUGAAGGGGAUAUUUUGAUCUUCUGAGAAUAGAAAAAUAAAUUAAAAAAAGUUACUCCUAUUUCCUUAUGUUUUUAAAAGCAAGUUGUACGUGUGUGCAAACUUUUCCAUUUUGAGUUGUAUUUUUUCAAUUUUUCGUUGGUUAAUGUAACCCAUAUUAUUCGUAGGUUA